CUGCAGCCUAGAUUCUCCAGGUUUACUUCUUCCUUGAGUGCACGUGGUGAUGGAGACUCCUCUUGAGAAGGCCCUGACCACCAUGGUCACCACUUUCCAUAAAUACUCAGGGAGAGAGGGCAGCAAGCUGACCCUGAGUAGGAAAGAACUGAAGGAGUUGAUCAAGACAGAAUUGAGCCUUGCAGAGAAGAUGAAGGAGAGCAGCAUUGACAACUUGAUGAAGAGCCUGGACAAGAACAGCGACCAGGAGAUCGACUUCAAGGAGUACUCCGUGUUCCUGACCACACUGUGCAUGGCCUACAAUGAUUUCUUCCUAGAGGACAACAAAUAGCCAGGGUCCUCUCUACCCACACCUGCAGCUCCUGGUCCGGCAUGCCCCCUGCAGCCUCUUU